GUUGUUACGACACCAGUGUGACAUCCGAAUGUAAACCGACACCGCUUCCUGGUACGGACUUCACUAUUAAAAAUGGCACGUUGAGAGAAGGACUAGCGAAGAACUAAGAAGAAGAAGAGUUUUCUCCUCAUUUUAUGUAAAUAAUCCGUGUCACUGAGCGAGAGGAAUGUCAGACACGAGCAAAUCAGAGGAGGGCGCCCCGUCCUCAUCGAAGGUGAUCGCCGUGGUUUUCGUCCUGCUGCUGCUGGAUUUGCUGGGAUUCACGCUCAUCUUACCUCUCCUGCCCUCCAUCCUGGACCACUACGCCCAAACUGGGGAUGCGGCCUAUCAGACCUUGCAGAGCGUGGUGGACUUCUUCAGAGAGGCGCUGGGGAUCCCGAUGGAAAAGAAGUACAACAGUGUCCUGUUUGGAGGUCUGAUCGGCUCACUGUUUUCCCUGCUGCAGUUCUUGUUGUCCCCAAUAACCGGGGCUCUGUCGGAUCGCUUCGGCAGGCGACCUUUACUGCUGCUCACCACCGUGGGAAUGAUGACCUCCUAUGUGGUCUGGGCUCUGUCGCGGAGCUUCACCAUGUUCCUUUUGUUCCGCAUCAUCGGGGGCGUUUGCAAGGGCAACGUCAGCCUUUGCACCGCCGUCGUGGCCGACAUGCCGUGCCCGAAAGCUCGUAACCGUGGGAUGGCCAUGAUCGGCGUGGCUUUCUCGGUGGGUUUCACCGUGGGACCUCUGAUGGGCGCCUACUUCGCCAUGGCGGACAAGACGACGGCGCACGUCUUCUACCAAACUCCUGCACUGAUAGCGUUGGCCUUCAGUGCCGUCGAUCUCAUUUUCAUCUGGCUCAUGCUGCCCGAAACACUCCCACAGGACGCCAAGAGUUCGUCUUCUGGUUUCGGGGACUUCCGUGACCUCCUGAACCCGUUGGCCCUGUUCAGUUUUUCAGCCGUCACCCGAAGCAAAGAUCCACCCCCGGAAGAACGAAUGCAGAGACUCAAAGUGCUGGGUCGGGUUUACUUCUGCUACCUCUUCCUGUUCUCCGGUCUGGAGUUCACGCUGAGUUUCCUCACACACCAGCGCUUCCACUUCACCAGCAUGCAGCAGGGGAAGAUGUUCUUCUUCAUUGGCGUGGUCAUGGCUUCCAUCCAGGGAGGAUACGCCCGCAGAAUCAAACCUGGACACCAUAUCAAAGCUGUUGGGAUGGCAAUCGCCACGUUGAUCCCAGCCUUUAUUCUAAUUGGACUCUCGUGGAACCUCACAAUGCUUUCCGUGGGUUUGGCGCUCUAUUCUUUUGCGGCCGCAGUCGUCGUCCCGUGCCUCUCCACGCUCGUCUCUGAACACGGCUCGUCCAGUCAGAAAGGCACGGUGAUGGGGAUUUUGCGGAGUCUGGGCGCCCUGGCGCGAGUUCUGGGACCGGUGGUGUCGUCCUCUGUUUACUGGCUAGCCGGAGCACAGGUCUGCUUCCUCCUCACGUCCGCCGGCUUCGUUAUACCUCUCCUCCUACUGAGCAGCGCCAGAAGACUGAAGGCGGAAUGAACGUGCGAAUGCUCUUGGGCAUUUAUUUUGGUGUUUAUGUUUACAUUUGCCGGUUGAACAAGAGCUCCGUCAUCACGACUCGGUGCAAAAAGGCGCCAACACUAAGAGUGCGGGAAACAAGUCUUCACUUUUUAUACUGUGCUAGUUUGCCAAUCACUUAAGAACAAACAUUCCAUUUUAGGUGCCUUUAAAGAAUGUAUUCUUCUAUUUUCUUAUCAAUAAAAUACAGAAACUCA